AUCACCAUUUCCAAUCAAAAAAUAACAUUGGGACACGUGUCGAGAAAUAAGUACUGUUUGAGAGUUGAGACCAAUCUACAGAGCUCCUCUGCAAGUAUCCGUUAAAAAGGACGAAACCUUGGUGGGCUGUUCCAUGGAAAAUCUUUAUUUCCUCUUUCUCCCCACCAAAUUUGAAAAACCCAAAAACAAAAAUACAAGAAAAAUGAACCGAAAAUAUGCAAAUUUCAAGGGCAAGCGUGCAGAACGAAAGAUGGAAAAUACAGAAAAACACAUACUAAAAUAAUUUUAAUAAUACCUAUCAGGUUACCUAUUUCAAGAUGUUCUUACUCUAUCUGAUGUUUGUCUUUGUACAGAUCGAACGGUGGAGAAUAUGGGAGGAAGAGUAAUUGGACUAUCAGUUCACUCGUAGUCAACAGUCUGUCAGCUUUUCCAGUAAAAAAGAGAAAAGAAACAAGCUCUCUUUUAGUGAUUCUAUAAAACCACACUUGACUAACUUUCCCAUUUCUCUCCUCUUUCUCCACAGUCAUGGCGAUUCUGAAGCAUUUUUCUCUCUGCAUUUCCCUCUUCUUAUUAAUCAGAGCCCCUGUACGAUGUGAUUCCAUACAUUUCCCUUCUUCUUCUUCUUCUUCUUCUUCUUCUUCUUCUUCUUCUUCUUCUUCUUCUUCUUCUUCUUCCUCCUCCUCCUCCUCCUCCUCCUCCUCCUCUUUUUCUUCUGAUGUUCAGCUUCUUUUGGGAAAGAUUAGAGCUUCACUUGAAGGAGACACUCAAAACUUGCUUUUAUCUUCAUGGAAUUACUCUCUGCCUCUUUGUCAAUGGAGGGGACUCAAAUGGGUCUUCACUACUGGAACCCCGCUGGUCUGCAGUGAUUCUUCUUCUCCACAAUGGUCUAAUCUCACUCUGUUCAAAGACCCUUCUCUUCAUGUUCUCUCUCUCCAACUUCCAUCUGCUAAUCUUACUGGUUCGUUGCCUAAGGAGCUUGGUGAGUUCACUAUGCUUCAAAGCCUCUAUCUAAGUAUAAACUCUUUGACUGGAACCAUUCCGCUUGAACUUGGUUACAGCUCCUCUCUUUCUGAUAUUGAUUUGAGUAGCAAUCUUUUAACGGGAGUUCUUCCACCUUCGAUCUGGAAUCUGUGUGAUAAACUUGUUUCUGUCAGACUUCAUGGCAAUUCUUUAUCUGGGUCUCUGCCGGAGCCGGCUUUACCAAACUCCACCUGCAGAAAUCUGGAGGCUUUUGAUUUAGGCAACAAUCAGAUUUCAGGUACGUUCCCAGAAUUCAUUACUAGAUUUCCGGGUCUUAAAGAGCUUGAUCUUGGGAAAAAUUUGUUGUUUGGACAAAUCCCUCAGAGCUUAGGCCAGCUAGAGCUGGAGAAGUUGAACCUUUCAAACAACAAUUUCAGUGGAAUAUUGCCUGUUUUUAGUAACUCAAAGUUUGGUGUUGAGGCUUUUGAAGGGAAUAGUCCUGGGCUUUGUGGGGAGCCUUUGAAAAGCUGUGCAGUACCUUCUCAUUUGAGUUCAGGCGCCAUUGCUGGCCUUGUUAUUGGCUUGAUGACUGGCACAGUUGUUUUAGCUUCGUUGCUUAUUGGUUAUAUGCAAAACAAGAAGAAGAGUAGUAGUGAGAGUGAAGAUGAGAUUGAUGAAGGAGAAGAUGAAGAAAAUGGUGGCAGUGUCGGUGCAGGCGGUGAAGGAAAACUCAUUUUAUUUCAGGGUGGCGAGCAUCUGACAUUGGAUGAUGUCUUGAAUGCUACGGGGCAAGUUAUGGAAAAAACAAGCUAUGGCACUAUAUAUAAGGCAAAGCUUGCUGAUGGAGGGACCAUUGCUCUGAGACUGCUGAGGGAAGGUAGUUGCAAAGACAGAAAUUCUUGCUUGUCUGUGAUUAAACAAUUGGGAAAGAUUCGCCAUGAGAAUUUGAUUCCUUUGAGAGCUUUCUAUCAAGGAAAGAGAGGAGAAAAGCUCCUCAUUUACGACUAUCUGCCAAUCAGAACUUUACAUGAUUUUCUACAUGAAUCUAGAGCAGGAAAACCAGUGUUGAACUGGGCUAGGAGGCACAAGAUUGCAUUAGGCAUCGCCCGGGGAUUAGCCCAUCUUCACACAGGUCUUGAAGUGCCCAUUACACAUGGUAACAUUAGAUCAAAAAAUGUGCUUGUGGAUGACUUCUUUGCGGCGAGACUGACAGAGUUCGGGCUAGACAAGCUAAUGAUCCCAUCGGUAGCCGAUGAAAUUGUCUCGCUGGCAAAAUCAGACGGGUACAAGGCACCGGAGCUGCAACGGAUGAAGAAAUGCAAUUCAAGAACAGAUGUGUAUGCAUUUGGAAUCUUAUUAUUGGAAAUUCUGAUUGGGAAGAAACCAGGAAAAAGUGGAAGAAAUGGAGAGUUUGUGGAUCUGCCAUCAAUGGUGAAAGUGGCAGUUCUAGAGGAGACAACGAUGGACGUUUUCGACGUGGAGGUUUUGAAAGGGAUUAGAAGUCCAAUGGAAGAUGGAAUUGUACAGGCUUUGAAGCUUGCAAUGGGUUGCUGUGCUCCAGUGGCUUCAGUAAGACCUUCCAUCGAUGAAGUUGUGAAGCAGUUGGAAGAGAACAGACCAAGAAACAGAUCUGCUCUAUACAGCCCAACAGAAACAAGAAGUGAAAUCGGUUGAUUUCUCUUAUAUUUAAAAGCCCAAUUGGAGAUAUAUCAUUAAGAGGUACGAAUUUUCAUCCCAAAUCUUGAAGUUUAAAACAAAAAUCAGAUUAUGACAUCGUGGUUAGGGAUAUUGAAUGAAUGCAGCACGUCAGGUCUACCUACUCAUCAACAUUAUUUUUCAUAACUAUGGAACUAAAAGGUAGGUGUGAAAUUGAAGAUAAGAAGCAGCUUUCUGUUAGAAAAUGACUGACAAUUGUUUACAAGAAAAUGUAGAGAAUUAAAGGGACCAAAGAAAUCAUUGUAAAGGAAAUAAAUGUCCCAAGUUUUCUUGCCUUUUAACUCAA